AUGGAGUUGAACGAGGACGUCGAAGUGAUCACUUUAAAUAGCGAAGGAACUGAUGAUAUAACGACGAUUGAUUUGGAGGAAGAAGCCGAGGAGGAUGAUGACGACGACGUUUUCGAAGUUUAUACUAUUCAGAACUAUUUUAAGAACCAUGAAACAUUAAAAAUCACUUCUAAAAAAUCUAAAAGAAAAAAAAACAAUUUUUAGUAUGUUUUUUGGAGUCCUAACAUGUUUGUAAGUUAUUGAAUAAACCCCAGCUAUCAUAUUAAGGGAACGUUAUGAAAACAUAUAAAGUGAAGAAAGUAGAGGCGAAAUAAACCAGAAUUUUGACGAUAGGGCAGAUCUGCGCGCUUCCGAUGCCGUAAAUUAAUAUAUCGGGGAUAAGCUUGAUGGUUUCUCACUUUUUGUUGAUUGUUAGCUGUUUUGAUUUGUUUUCGAUAUUAUUUUUCACAAUUUCACUUCAGAUGGAAGCAGUUUUGGACGUAAGAUGGUGCCACAAAAAAAAGUGCCUCCUCUACUUGAUCAAAUGGUUCCAGGAUGAUAAUACGACCUGGGAGAAUGAGUCCGCCUGUAUAAGUUUGUUUUUUGCUCUUAUUUAUUUAAAAGAAACAGCUUUUUAGGUUCGGAAAGCGUCGGAAUGCUCGAGGAAUUCAGGAGGACGCACACAGAGAAAAUUGCGGCUAUUCUUGAGCGUACAAAAAGUUGAUUGGAAAAGUUUAUAGUUUGAUAUUUUCAAGAGCAAGAGAAGAAGAAGGGUGAAAGGAAAGCUCGGAAUCAGAAGAAACUCUGGGAGUACGUCGAAGCUCCGGUUGGUUGAUUUGAAAAAGGGAAAUUUUCAUCCGAAUGAAACAAAUUAUUUUUUUUUUUGAAUACAGAAACUUUUUCUUUCGCAUGAAAGACAGAAUAUAUUUGUUUAUAGUAUUGCUUUCAAACUUCACUGUUACAAAUAACGCUGCUCGGUUACAAUCUUGUUUUUAUUUGUCAGACUUCUCCAAAAAAAAAAAAACAGAAGCCGUAUGUAAUAAAUUGGAAAAUGAUUGUCCGCCAUUUUACUGAAACUCAAAAAUGCUUACGAGAGUUUCAGGCCUUUUCAGUUUUCAGGAAAAUGGCAGAAAAUCAUUUCCACUUUAUUGAAACUUUUCAAAAGUUCGACACGUUAAAAAAGAAAACGAUGUUAUGAAAGUAUAAAAAAAGACGUUUCUCGCGUUUUUUCUUUAACUUUUUGUCUUCAGAAUCCUGAAGAUAAUCCCUUGGCGCCACGAGAACUAACAGUGAAUGACGAGUAUUACGGCCUUCCAGUUAAACAACUUCAAGGCGAAUCGCGACGUCUUUUUGAUCCGACCCAUCGACAGACCGAAACGGAUUUGGUAACUGAAAAUCUCGUUUCGCAACAUUUUAAUAACAAAGAUUUUAUUUUAGUUGCUGGCGACGAUGGCGGCUGAAGGAGCCCGCGCGUCGCGAAGCAAAACCGCCAAACUUCUGCAGUCGACGACGGGCAGCGACGGCAGUGGCUGUCCCAGUCGCAGCGAGACGCCGACGUCGCGAGAACCCCUCAAGCUCACGAUCAAGUUGCCCCUUAAGGCGCCCGGACCCGGGAGAGGCAGGAAAAAGGUUUGGGGGAAGUAAUCAAUAAAAAAAAAAUUAUCAAUAUAGCUUGAUACAAGCCAUGUAAAGUUUAAUUUUAUCUUGAAAGUAUUCAAAAGUUCAAUAUUAUAUAAUUUUUUUAAAAUUCCAGAAAACUGACGAAGGAGUUCCUUCCCAAGUAUCUGCAGUUAAAGUGAAAAAAGAGUCGGCCAAACCGAGAAAAGUUCCUUUUUUUUCAACGUCAAAUUUGAAAUACUUUUUUCUAAGAAACCAGGCUCCAAAAAAGCCUCAUCGGUGGAACCCACAGAAGCGGUUGAAAGUACAGAAGAAUCGUCAUUUCCCCAGAAAAUUUCGCCUGAAAAAGUUGAAGACCCAGAUAUUCAGGUUUGAUUUCGAGUAUUUUUCGAAAUAAAAUAUUUUCAGAUGGCCGAAAUCCCUCCAGAACCUGCCACGCCUGCCAAAGGAGUUAGAGGCAGAAAGGUUGAAACAUACAAAAAAAAAAAAUUCAAUUAGUAGCGAAAAAAUUCAGAAAGUUACCGCUGUAAAAGUUUCCGAAGCUCCAGUUGACGCUGAAAAGCAGAAAAAGGGGCGUGGCGGAAGGAAGAAAAAGGAUGUUUUGGUGGCUCCACCAAUUGAGGACGUUCAAGUUGAAAAGGAGGAAGAGAAAAUGGAGGUCGAUGAUCCGGUGAGUUCUGAUCAAUGAGAAUUUAGUUUUAUGAAGUAAUUGAAGUCGCAGGGGGCGGAGCCUUGAAUGAAGCUUGUUAGUGGUUUUUCACGCUAUAAAAGUUGAACUGAGAAUAUUUUUUUCAAGCUAUCCACCUGUUUUCUCGAACAAAAUUAUAGAAAAAGUCAAUAUACUGAAAAAAAACUUUAAUAGAAAAAUUGAAAAGUUAUGAGUGAUGCUUGAAGGUGGUUUGAAGGUUCAAAGGAAUUGAAAUCAUAGCAAAACCUUAAAAUAAGAAUUUUUAAGUUUUUUUCUUUUCUAUAUUUUUUUCGACGAGAUUUAUUCAGAAUUUUUUUCUUUCAAUUCAAAAAUUUUUUUGUUAUCAUUCAACUGUGUAGAGUUGAAAAUUUCAGGUUAAAUUGUUCAAUUAUCCUGUGUGAAAUUCAAAUUUUCAGGUUCCUUCCUCUUCGAGUUCAGAACAACCUCAGCAGAAAAAGCUUCGCGACAGCGGGGAGCAAAAAGUGAGUAUUUUUUUUCAUUAAUCAAAAAAUCAGUUCAUAUUCUCUGGCUUUUUACAAUGAAACAGUAGAUUCAUGUUGAUUUGAAUAUUCGCUAUUUUAAGGCCUUGACACCGCCUCCAGCCGAGCCAGAUCCGCCUUCGAAUCGAAAUGGCCGAGAUGACGUUCUGGUUAGUUUUCAGAAACAAGAAACGAAAAGAACGGACUUUUUGAAGGUCGGAUGGGGCAAAAAGUUGUCCUUGAGCAAGGCCGAUCCGAACAAAGCUGCUGGAGACGCGAUUCGGAGUGCAGUCCGGGUGGAAUCUUUGAGAGAGCCUAGUCAGGAGGUUCGGAUGAAGAAACAAUUUGAAUACUUUGCAAAAAUUUAAUUUUUAAAUAAGGUUGGACAUUUCUUGGUUUCGGAUAUCAAAAUAUGAAAACUUUAAACUCUUUUCACAGUUUUCGAAACUUCAGCAAAGCUUUCCAAAUUUCUAUCUUUGAAUUAGAAAAAUUGAUCUCUUUUUUCAAGACUUUUUUUGUUUUUCUAAAAAUGUUUAUCUGCUUAUUCAAAAAAAGAAUUUUUUUAGAAACUUUCAUUUUGAAAAAAAUUAGGUUGAAAAAUCAAUAGAUACGAUACGUUUCAAUGACAAUACAAAUAAUUCUCUGAGUAUUUUUCGGAAAUCGGGAAGUUUUUUCUGAUUUGGCUAUUUAUUGUAAAAAAAAGAAGAACGAGGAAGGAAAUUUUAUACUUUCAUGUAUAAUAUUGAUUUUAACUCAAAAAAGUCAGCUUUAGACGCUCGAAAUGGCUAUUCUCAGCGGCGACAUCAAGUUGGCGCAAAGAUUGGCUUCAGCGAUCAAAUUUGAUCCGAAUCGAUUGAUCGACUGGCGAGAUCACAACACGAAAAAGCCGCUUCUCCACCUGGUUAGUCAGGUUGAAAUCAAACUUGCUUGAAUAGUGUCCUGAAACUUGAAAUAAAUCAAUAAAUCUUUCAAUCCUCACUUUUUAUUCUUACCUCAUCAUCUUUCAUUACUGGCUCAGAGGCUCGGGAGGGCCUCAAGUGCCUUUUAUUUAUUUGUUUCAGGCUCAAAUGCCAAUUUUCCCUUCUUUUUUCUUGUACAUAUUAUUUUGUUCUGCCUUUAAAUAGAUAAUAUUAUUAUUUCCCUUUUUAGGUUAUUAAUAAACUGCAAUCCGUCAACUCUGGGCAGUACGAGUGGAUCGCCAGAUUACUCAUCAAGUUUCCAAAAAUACAAUUUUCUCACUGAUUUUUUAUUUCAGAAUAUGUCCCCAGAAAAUUUUUGCCGUUCGUGACCUCGAUGGAAAUAUACCGCUCCAUGAGGCGGUUUAUGCGCAGAAGGUUCAAAAAUCUUCAUCGAAAAAAUAAGAUGCAUUUUAGACGGAGCUGGUGAGGUUCAUGGUCCGCGCCGGCUCUCCGGUCGACUACCAGAACCGCAAAAAAUUGACGCCCUUGGCCGUGGCUGUCCGUUUAAGAAACAUCAACAUUGUUCGGAUUCUUAUUGAACAUGGCGCUUCUUAUCAUCACAUUGUGUUAGUUUGUUGGUAGCCUUCAAAAAUUGCUUUAAAACUGGCAAACUUGACCAAUUAUAUGCGGAAAAAAUUUCAAUUAAGUUGCCCUUUAGAGCUCUUUUCAGCCCAUUUAAUGGUCUGUAUUGACCAUUUUUUGACCAUUUAUUGAGUCUUUAUAAACCUGGAAAAUUUGAAUAGCCCCUCUUACGGAAGCCAGGGCGGAUCUUAAAGAAGUUAGGAAAAAAACAGCCCUGAUAGGGGACAAAAUAGUGUUAUAAGGAGGCUGAAAUUUUGGUGGUCCGCUUACUGCCCAACUCCAAAGCACCCUAAGGCUUUAGGGACCCCUGUAGUGGUCUUUUUAUUUCUUGUUAUGAUUAAAAAGUUGUAGAGACGUUCAGGGAUCAGGAGUGUGCCCCUUUAGAGUGGUCACACUUACAAGCUUUAGCGCCGCUAUAAGAUGGUCUCUAGAGAAGAAUCUUCCUCUAAGGUUGCUCUCUAGGGACGGCUCUGGUGUCCUCAUGACGUUCGGGACUUCUGAUUUUUCCAGUGAAUGGGUUUUUUGCGCUCUAAAGAGAGGGUUCUUCAAAUUUCUCUACUUGUCAUCAUUAUUAUUUUUUGAAGGAAAAAAUUAGCCGCGAUAAAUGGUUUUAGAUAGGUCUUGUGUGCUCCAUGGCGAAACAUAGCCGGUUAAGUAAAAACGCUCUUGGUUUUGAGAUGGAAAUUGAAGAUUUUUUUAAAGAUAUUACCAUCAUUUUUCUUGCUCAAUCGUCUAUUUUUGAAAAAUUCAAAAAAAUUCCAUUAUUUUUAGAGCGACGGACCAACGAACGACUGACGUCAUUAAUGGAAUUGACUCGGCGAUUUCUAACGAAUUCAGAAAAGCGCGGCUUUCUAUUUACGGGUACUUAUCUUGUUCAUUUCUUAUUGCGCACUUUUUCUUACCUCUCUUUUUGAUUUUUCAGAGCUAUCAAAGAAAUCAAGCCAGUGACACCGGUUUUCAUGUUCGCCCGACAUGAUAGCAACUCGUUGAAAGAUUCAGUUUAACUUCAUUUCUUUCAAAAAUAGUUUCACAGCGUUGUUUUCAGUUCAAGUUCGAUUAUGACGAAUAUCCUCAAGGGACUUUCUUGAUGUUCAUAAUGCCCAUCACCUAUCAUCGGAUACAGGUGGGAGAAUCGGUAAAACGUAUUCAAAAAAAAAAAACGCAGUUUGACCAUGAGUUUAAUGGCCUAGGUUCAAAAUUUCAAAUGAUAGAUGGGACCUCAAAAUUAAUAGAAUGGCUGUUAUUUUUCUCUCUAAAUGAUCUCUCUAGAUUUGAAGAUUCGAAAAAUACUCAUUUAUUGAUGUCUCAAAAUCGAAAUAAAACGAAAAAUACUACAGAAAACAUGGAUCGUGAGGAAGAGCGCUGAGAAGCUGACCCGAGCCCCGUUGUUCAACGGCCUGCCGAUGCACCACGCCCAUUCGGUGACGAUGCCCUUGGUCUUUUUCGCCUGUCCCAACCACGGCGAGAACAUCUUCGAAAUUACGCUGAAUAAUAUCAGCUGGUGAGUUUGUUCAAUGAAAUUGAGAAGGGUCAGAAACUCAGGACGAACAUUGAUCUUACAGUAAAUUCAAGACUGGUUUGAGCAAAAUGGAAAGGUCCUGCUCUUCAGAUAGCCGUGACUGUACAAAGUGCUCAGAUUUUGAAUGUCAAGUACAAUGACGUCAUUCGAAAUUCCUCUCUCGAAUGCUCGCUCUCUGAUUGACCUGUCGCGACAUUAAGAUCGGAGCUUGAGGGAUUACUUGACAUCAAAAAUCUGAACAGAUAAAGCGCUCCUGUAGGUAAAAAGAGGCUUGAUAGCAGCUUUUUCUACCUAAGUUAUCACUUGAAGAAUGUAGAUUUCGGUUAUAUAACUUUUUGAAGGCGCAAAAUCGUUUAUCUUCAAUUUCAAAAGUUACGGCUGGCUUGAACCAACAGGAAAAGGGCUCUGAAAAGACAAGCUCUGCUUCUUUGCGCCCCAAGCUAGCCGUGAAUCGGUUAUAUUGUUGAUAGUUUAUAUUUAAAGGCGCAUAUGGGGAGUGCCCUUUAAACACCUCUUGAAAUACUGAAAAUAAGCACAAAAAACUUCUCAAUUACCUUUCAGGAACCAAGGAAUCUCGAUUGCCGUUCAGUUUGUACAAUACGAGUUGACGGCCCAUUGA